AUGGGCCGCCGGAUAGCUUCCUUCGCCGCUGCGGUUGACAUGCAAAGAAAGCAGUUGGAUCAGACGUUGGAGAUGUGUAUCAAAGAAAUCAGACCCAAUCCCCUGGCGGCGAAAGCGAAUGCUGGUCUCGUCCUUCGUCGGAACCAAGAGAUACUCGAUCUCCAGAAGAAUAUCAUCAGUUUCCGAAGCAACGUUGUGGAUCGAUUUCAGAGCAGCAUGAUGACAUUACAUGGGAAUUUCCCAUAUGUCAUCCCCUCGUAUAAUCUGGGGUUCCAUCUUCACCUUGACGUCUUGGAGUUCAGGGUGGUCGUUGUGCGCCUCUCUGAUGCACUGAGGCUUUCAAAUCAGCUUCUUUCGCUUCCAGACCCCUCUUUCGGCGUCCAACGUCUGGGCCUCAAAAUUCUUCAGUUCGUCUACAAAGAAUCAAUUUCAUGCGUAAGAUAUUGCCAAGGUGCAUUGGACAAUGCUUUGACUGAUACAUAUCCGUCACUUGAGGCUGAAAUCAAGCUGCAACAGCUCCAGUUCAUGCUCUUUGUGAAAUCGACAAGAGCUCAGCUUUCUGAGCUUGGUCAUCCUGUUGACGACGACUGCACGGACGUGGACGAUGAGACGGUCAGAGCUGGCUUGGACGCGGUAACUGCAAUUUGCCGCCGAUCUCCCGGGACUUGUGCCCUGUUGAUGGCGACUGCACAGGAUAUUAUCAUGGCAUUCGAGCGUUUCGAUGGUUCGAAACCGCCAUCUAUCCCGGAGAUCAAAAAUGACUACACACGGAAGAUCGAGAACCUUUGGAGGCGUCACCAGCUCGGAUCCCUGACCAUGUGCCAUCAAUCUCAUCCCUACUCUGCCACGACAUUCUCUGACGGCUGUCCCAAUUGUGGAAAACAGGCUCAGCUAUCAGGUGAUGAAAUUUUCCGUGAAUCUGGAAAACAUCUCUUCGAGAAUCAGUUCCUACAAUUCAUGCACUCCAAGUCUGGGAAGUCUCAAAAGCUAGAACAUCUUGACCUGGAAAGCCCAAAAUCAACUAUGCAAUCGGCUGAGGAGCCCGACUCGGAAGAAAUUGCUGCUAAUCCAGGUGGGACAGAGUCGACAGACGAAGAACGAUUCCUGGGAGCAAUGAGGCGAGCGCUUCCUCAAAUUGAUGGUGGAGUCCCUUCCAACGCGGUGAAAUUGUCAAGCGAAGCAGCUGUUUGCCAGAAAGCUGCUACAAAAGAGGAUGUUGGGGGAGGCAUGAAGACAAAGCUGGAGGGUGGGAUAGGUUCGCAACAGCCAAUUCCAGCUGAGCCUCAAAAUGAGCUUGCAAUGGAAGAGAAGUCUCUUGUGGCAGUGAGAAAAGAUGGGUGA